AUGGACCUGCUGCGCCCCGACGGCGACGGCGAGGCCUCGAGCCGCAGCAGCUGGCGCAGGGCGGCCAAGCGCCUGGGGCUGGUGGAGGGAGAGGCAGACGAAGUAGGGGACGAGCUGCAAGCGGCCGAAUUUGAGUCUACCAGUGACGAUGGGCUGUUCCCACCACUGGGCGAAGGCCCGGUGCGCUUCGCGCCGGGGGACCUGCUGGUGACGGGCGCCCGGGCCUUUGCCACAGGCACCCAACAGUUCCUGCACAAGGCCAUUCUCAUAGUGCUGUCCGUGGAUGCAGACGAGGUCUUGGCCCUCUGCCUCAACCGCCCCGCGAAGCGGCCGGCACGAGGCCCCCCGUCCCCGCGGAGCCGGCGGCUCCGCGGCGGCGGCGGCCUGGGCCGCGGCUUCGGCGCGGUGCGCCGGGGCGCCGCGGAUGAACCCACGGUGCACUACGGCGGGGAUGAGGAUGUGCUCCGUUGGACUUGCCUCGUCUCAGGCGACGACGAGGGCGCGCCCACGUCGGCGGCUUCCCCUUUGGGCGGAAGCGGGCUGUGGCGUGCGCAGGAUGCUGCUGAGGUGUGGCGCCGGGUGCAAAGGUCACCGGCCAGCCGCAGCGCCAUCUUCGCCAAGGGCGCCGUGCGCUUCGGGGCCGCGGAGCUCGAGUUGCUGCUCAGGGCUGGCCAGAUCGGCCUCUCUCGGCACUGGACCCCGCAGCUGCGGGACUUGCUCUGUGCGUGCGCCGCCUACGAGGGAGGGACCAAAGGCGUGCGUUUGGGGCUCUACGGCGACCACCACGGCUUCGGCCUUUGGGAGGCAGCUGUGAGCUUGGCCUUCCAUGAGGGCGACGACCAGGCCGCCACAGCUCUGCGGGGCACCAUUGGAGACAGGGCCUUGCGGCUCUGGGCGCUGGAGACCUCCGAGCUCGGCACGCCGUAG